GUUUCCGUCCAUCUAGCCGUCGUCUGGUGCUUAAAAGGCGUUUAUCUCCCCCCGUCUUUUUUCUCCGCCUUCUCUCUCGUAUGGCCAUGCACCCGUGUCUUUGCGUCCCCGAAUUGAUAACGACAAUAUGCUCGGCUCUCAACACCUCUAGGGACUCACGCACCCUAGUGGCACUUGCGACUACCUGCAAACUGUUCGCGGAGCCGGCACUUGAUAAACUUUACAGCCAGCCACGCUCCUUCGCGCACCUAUUUUGGUGUUUGCCCCAGGACCUAUGGACUGUUGAGGUCACAGAUUCGCAUCCAGACCUUGGGGUCCUUGAAUCAGUCCUGCACUUCAAGCGCGCGAUGCUGCCCAGCGAUUGGCUCAUUAUAAAGAAUUACGCCCGUCGAGUUCAGAACUUAAAGAUUAGUCUUGCGGAUAAUGUGCUUGUUGGCCAUGACGUCCUUGGUGCUAUAGCUAGUUACUGCGACUGCGACUCAGUUUUCCUUCCCCGGCUACGCUCUCUUCACAUAUAUGAUCCUCCACAAGCCAUGAAGCCAGCUCUGUCUCUGCUCUUCAAACUAUGUAUCGGGCCACUGUUAGGGGAGUUGAAGCUGGAACGCCUGAAUGCGAAUCUCUUUCACGUCAUCAUUCUCGCCAGCAACGCCUCUCCCGCGCUGCACACACUAUCAAUCGUCUCUCCUAAAAACCUUUCCAACGAACUACCUGCCCUUCUCUCAGGAGCGGCCGCAAAGCUGAGGCAUCUGAAGGAACUCGCAAUCCCGUUUCCUAACAUCGCUUCGGCACCAAAUGCAUCAUUGUUCUCGGCCAUAGGAAAAUUUGUCUCUCUUGAAUCGCUCUCUGUAGUCAUACAAAACCCGCAGGCUCAUUCGAGACAACGGAGGCCAGGCAUAGUGUCACUACCGACCGUAAUCCUGCCCAAGUUGAGACACAUCGAUUUGACAGGUCAUCCAACUGACAUAGCAGCCGUCUUUAGCUGUUUCCAAAACCGAGACAGCCUCGUAUCUAUUCGGCUGGGCUGUUCUGGUGAUUUGGAAGCUACGGACAUGUCCCAGGCAUUGACAGAGUUGACUUCAGCGCUUCCCGAUCGUUUUCGGACCAUGGAGUUCUCUUUUGCCAAGCGCGAGAAGCUGUUAUCGCUACAGCCACUUCUCAAGUUCCGCAAUCUGCGAAACCUCACGGUGUCGUCCAACUCACACUUUCCGGAUCAAGAACUGGCUGCGCUCGAGUUCCCCCAUCUUCUGCGCCUUUACUUGCACGGGAGAGGUCCUCUUAGGCGGAACCCUGCCUUCAUGCCCACCCUCCGCGGAGUAGGCCUCUUGCUGCGAAAUUGCCCCUCCCUUAAGCACCUCACACUGGCUGUCAAUGCUCUUGUCGCUGCGAAUCAACUAUGCGAUGCUUCACCAGUAGACGUCUGCUGCACCACACUCACCUCCUGGAACCUCGACACUUCUCUGAUUGACGAUGCUGAGUUCGUUGCGCGGCAUAUCACGAGUAUGAUGCCCUGCGUCCGAACGCUGACAUGCAUCGAAAUGGGAUUAGAUAAGCCUUGGAAAAAGGUGGAGACCUUGCUCGCAUUUUGGAGGAGCGUCUCACAGCGCCAUCAGAAGGCUCUACAGGACGCUUGA